GACACACACCGAUCCCCGGUCAGGGAGACACGGAGCCCCACUCCGCCGAUCUUGGGUUUAAAGUGUACAGUUUGCCCAGGGACUUUUGUUAGGUUUCGUUCCUGCGAGGAGAGACCGGGGAGGUGGUUAGAGAAGGAAAGAAACCAUGCGCAGCCCCGGGGUGUGAGAGCGGGGCAGGGAAACGGGGACAGCCCGGCUCGGAGAUCGGUGACAGCCCGGGCCAGGGGAUCGGGUACAGCCUGGGGAUCGGGGACAGCCCGGCUCGAGGAUCGGGGACAGCCCGGGGCUGGGGCUCAGGGACAGCCCGGGGAUCGAGGACAGCCCCCGGGGUCGGGGACAGCCCGGGGCUGGGGAUCGGAGACAGCCCGGGACGGGGGAUCGGGGACAGCCCGGGGAUCGGGGACAGCCCGAGCGAGGUUAACUCAGGACAAGAGUCUGCCUAGCAGCUUUUAUUUUAACUGUUGAUGGAUUCACUCCCCCGAGUGGUUUAAGUAUUUAUAGACAGGCUGCACCGAGACAAACCUCAUCCCCAAACUCAGGAUUUCAGCCUGCCUGCCGGGUUGCUCACUGAACUCGUAGUAGGAGGAGAUGGAGGGAAGCAUUUGGUUUGGGAUACUGCAGUUUGUUGCUGGGUUUUACCAAUCAUGUGAACCCUGAAUGUAACACUUGGCGAGAGAGUGGGAAGGAUACCAGUCCUGCACCAUUGAAACCUCGUUUCUUCCUCUGUUGCGCUGGAUUUAUGAUGUGUAGGGCUCCAGAAGAUCAUGGACAGCUGCAGUAGGCUUGCAGAUUAAAUAAUUUGGAUGGAGCUACGGUGAAGAUAUGGUAACAAGAAGGAUGAGGUCGUUUUUGGAUCUAUGGAAAAAUAACAUCAAACGACCAGACAACGAGAAAAUAUCAAAAAAACAAUGGAUGGAUAUUGCAUCCAACGAUCACUCGGUACUAUGCGACUAAUAUAUAACAGUAAAAAUACUAGUUAGAUUUAUCACUGUUUAACCAACAAAGGAGAAACAAAAACCGAAGAAAAUGGCUCAGAUUUCGCUGCAGGUGUUUUACUGCAGGGAAUAGUAACGAGAAAUUGUGGACUUUUUCAGCAGAAUAGAACAUUAAUUCUUGGACAAGACUGCUUUUAAUUUGACCUUUUUAAAAUACAUCUGUCAACUCUUCUCCCGUGCAUAUGCAAUAUCACGUCGCAGACAAAGAAAAUCACUGCUUGCAAAAAUGUCUCAGAGUUUAUUGCAAGGAAAAAGAUUUUUCUGCAGGGAGUGGGUUUUCCAUAAACUCCAGCAUUGCCUUCAAGAAAAGAACAGUGGUAAAACGUUUGGGAUUUCGAAUCCCAGUGGGAAUGGUGGUCUCAUUGGGAAAAACACGGGAGGUAUUGGAGGUAUCCUGAUCGUUGGAGGCCCCGGCAGCGGUAAGACAGCACUGUGCACUGAACUGAUCUGGCCCACUUGCCCGCAGCUGGUGCAGCGGGGUUUACAUCGUCAGGCACUUGCCUUUCACUUCUGUAAAGCCCAGGACGCAGACACACUCUGUGUUAGCAACUUCAUACGAAACCUCAUCUCCCAGAUUCGCAAUAGCAGCUUGGUCCAGGGAUACGAAGAAAAAUUGCGAGAACCAGCCGUUCACAGCGUGCUUCAGGCUGGCGAAUGUGAGAGGAAUCCCGGGGAAGCCUUUAAAAGGUGUGUGCUUUUGCCACUGUUGGGAAUAAAACCGCCUUCACAGAAUCUCUUCAUUGUCGUAGAUUCUGUCGAUGAAGGCUGCAACUAUGUUGAAGGGGAGCAAAGGCAAGCAGGCCUGACACGGACUAUAGCAGAGCUACUAGCAAGUCAUCAUGAGUUCUUCCCACCAUGGCUGCUGCUUGUCUGCUCUGCCAGGAAACAGAGUAAAAUGGUGACAAAAAUGUUCACAGGCUUCCGAAAAAUUAGCUUGGAUGACCUGCGUAAAGCCUACAUUGUAAAAGACGUGCAGCAGUAUAUCCUGUAUCGUCUGGACCAGGAAGAAGCAUUGAGACAGCACCUGACAAAAGAAACAGCUGAAAUGUUGAACCAGCUCCAUAUUAAAAGCAGUGGCUGUUUUCUUUAUCUCGAACGUGUGCUUGAUGGAGUGGUGGAAAGUUUUAUUAUGCUGCGAGAGAUUAGGGAUAUUCCAGGAACUCUGAAUGGACUGUACCUUUGGCUUUGUCAGAGGCUUUUUGUGCGAAAACAAUUUGCAAAAGUGCAGCCUAUUCUAAAUGUAAUUUUGGCUGCCUGUAGGCCAUUAACUACUUUAGAAUUGUAUCAUGCAGUCUGGACAAAAAACAUGACCAUGACGAUUGAAGAAUUUCAACGGAAAUUAGAUAUAUUAUCAAAGGUUCUUGUAGAUGGCUUGGGAAGCACUAAAAUUCUGUUUCAUUACAGUUUCGCAGAGUGGUUGCUUGAUGUGAAGCAUUGCACACAGAAAUACUUGUGUAAUGCAGCAGAGGGCCACAGAAUGCUUGCUAUGAGUUACACAUGUCAUGCAAAAGAACUCUCCCCUUUGGAGGUACAAGAGUUUGCACUGCACCUGCUUAAUUCUAACUUGCAGCUGGAGCCACAUCACUUAGCUUUGUGGAUGAUCUGGAACAGCACACCUGUGAAAGGAGCUUUGUCAACAAUGGUUCCAAAAGAGCAGGAAAUACUACAGCUUUUAGUAAAAGCAGGAGCUCAUGUGAACAGCGAUGAUGACCGCACAUCAUGUAUUGUACGGCAGGCACUGGAGAGGGAGGACUCCAUUCGGACAUUACUAGAUAAUGGUGCUUCUGUUAAUCAGAGUGACUCGAAUGGAAGAACGCUGUUGGGUAGUGCAGCCUACAGUGGCAAUUUGGAUGUUGUUAACCUACUGAUAUCUAGGGAUGCUGAUCUGGAAAUUGAAGAUAAUCAUGGACAGACAGCACUUACACUUGCUGCAAGGCAAGGUCAUACCAAGGUUAUUAAUUGCCUCAUUGGACAUGGUGCCAACAUAAAUCAUACUGACCAAGAUGGCUGGACAGCAUUAAGGUCAGCAGCUUGGGGAGGGCAUACAGAGGUGGUAUCUGCACUUCUCUAUGCUGGAGCUAAAGUGGAUUGUGCAGAUGCAGACAGUCGAACUGCUCUCAGGGCUGCAGCAUGGGGAGGACAUGAGGACAUUGUUUUAAAUUUGCUUCAGCAUGGAGCAGAAGUUAACAAAGCAGAUAAUGAAGGAAGGACUGCACUUAUUGCAGCAGCAUACAUGGGGCAUAGAGAAAUAGUAGAACACCUGGUAGAUCAUGGUGCAGAGAUCAAUCAUGAAGAUGUGGAUGGAAGAACAGCCCUAUCAGUAGCUGCUCUGUGUGUCCCUGCAAGUAAAGGUCAUGCAUCAGUAGUUAGCUUGCUGAUUGACCGAGGAGCAGAAGUUGAUCACUGUGACAAAGAUGGCAUGACUCCACUGUUAGUAGCUGCCUAUGAAGGUCAUGUGGACGUUGUCGAUUUGCUUCUUGAAGGAGGGGCAGAUGUGGAUCACACAGAUAACAAUGGUCGGACCCCUCUUCUGGCUGCUGCAUCCAUGGGCCAUGCAUCUGUUGUAAAUACCUUGUUGUUUUGGGGCGCAGCUGUAGAUACUAUUGAUAGUGAAGGAAGAACAGUACUGAGUAUAGCCUCAGCACAAGGGAAUGUAGAAGUGGUGCGUACUCUGCUGGACAGAGGACUAGAUGAGAAUCAUAGGGAUGAUGCUGGUUGGACUCCAUUGCAUAUGUCAGCAUUUGAGGGUCACCGACUAGUAUGCGAAGCACUUAUUGAACAAGGUGCUAGAACUAAUGAGGUGGAUAAUGAUGGUCGAAUCCCUUUAAUACUGGCGGGUCAGGAGGGUCAUUAUGACUGUGUGCAGGUUAUGCUCGAAAACAAAUCAAACGUGGACCAAAGGGGCUACGAUGGUAGGAAUGCAUUACGUGUUGCAUCAUUAGAAGGACAUCGAGAUAUAGUUGAACUGCUCUUGAGCCAUGGGGCCGAUGUGAAUUACAAGGAUGCUGACAGCCGGCCAACACUGUAUAUCUUGGCACUUGAAAAUCAACUAGCAAUGGCUGAGUAUUUGUUAGAAAAUGGAGCAAAUGUGGAAAGCACAGAUGCAGAGGGGAGAACUGCUCUUCAUGUCUCUUGCUGGCAGGGGCAUUUGGAAAUGGCCCAACUUUUGAUAAAUUAUCAUGCUGAUGUCAAUUCCGCUGACAAUGAGAAGCGGUCAGCUUUGCAAUCUUCUGCAUGGCAGGGUCACGUGAAGGUUGUGCAACUGCUGAUUGACCAUGGAGCAUUGGUAGAUCACACAUGCAACCAGGGUGCUACUGCUCUUUGUAUUGCAGCCCAGGAAGGGCAUGUGGAUGUUGUUCAGACAUUGCUGGAACAUGGUGCCGAUCCAAACCAUGCAGACCAAUUUGGACGGACUGCAAUGAGGGUUGCAGCAAAAGGUGGCCAUACGCAGAUUAUAAAGUUAUUGGAAAAGUAUGGGGCAUCGAGUCUAAAUGGAUGUAGCCCUUCUCCAGUUCACACAAUGGAACAGACAGCCCCUCAGUCUGUCACUGUGAAAAUGCACUCCUUGACAAUUAAAUCAAAUAGCUCUGGUAGCACUGGUGGAGGAGAUCUUCAGUCUGCCAUGCGUGGUUUUUCUAAUGGCCCUCAACACCCUUUCAGUUCACCUUCUGAAUCUCCAGAUUCAACAGUUGACCGACAAAAGUCCUCAUUGUCCAAUAAUUCACUAAAGAGUUCCAAAAACUCCUCUCUCCGCACAACAUCAUCCACAGCAACAGCCCAAACUGUACCCAUGGACAGUUUCCAUGGCAUGUCCUUCACAGAGCAGAUACAGCAGCAUUCUUUGCCACGAAGUCGAAGCAGGCAGUCCAUUGUAUCUCCGUCAUCUACUACACGUUCCAUAGGACAACAUGCUGGUUCCACAACUAGUGAAUGUGAAUGGGGACAAAUGAAGCCCAACAUGAGAUCUAGUAAAAGUAGCAAAACUGGACACAUUGAGCCUAGUGAAGGUUCCACCAAAACUGGUUCAUCUGGGAAGAGAUCAGCUCAAAACAAGCAAAACAGCUCAUCUCAGCCAAAGGUUUUGGAAUACGAAAUGACACAACUAGACAAACGAACAACCAUAAAUAAAAUGGUGCAAAAUAAUGCAGUGUCAUUAAAAGAAGUACCACCUGAGCCACAAUGCAAGAUCCUGAUUCCACACAGUCCACAGGAAACUUCAAGGGCUCAGCAACAGUUCUCAAUUCAGCAACACGGGGAGCAAAAGAAAAGGAAUGGAAUAAUGACAAACCCAAAUUAUUUGCAAGGGAAUCCUGUUUUCCUGGGCAGGGUUGCAGUUCCAAGGAGUGGACAGGAGAGAGGACAUACUGAAUGUUUGGAAGGUUAUCCAUUAGCAGAGACUGAACUGAGUCUGAAGCAAGCCCUAAAAUUACAGAUUGAAGGGACAGACCCUAGCUUUAACUACAAGAAGGAGACACCAUUGUAGCAGACUGAAUCUAAUGGAUUUCAAUGAACUGCAGCAUUUAAUUCUCAUCAUACUUUGCUGUCAGAACCCCAAAGGCACUGAACCAACUGCAGCCUCAGUGGAACACCAGCCUGAUUUUGAAGAAGUCACCCGAUAUCAGCCUUGAAAGCACAUUCACUUUGUGAAAACAGCAGUGGAGAAGUCUUACUACUGUCUAAAUGUUCCAUACAAAACAACUCUGUACUGCGCCUAUGUUUAAGUCUGUCUUUAAGUAUAGUACCUAUAUGCUUUAUAUAUUUGUGUACUUUGUAGCUUCAUAACAACAAAACAGUAUGUUACACCCUAAAAUUAUUGUUAUUUUAUGAUGUGUUGAGAGGAAUUCAGCAUGCAGAAUGUCAAUAUAGAAUUUGAUCAAGCUCAACAGAAGAUUGUGAUUCUGAACAAGCAAGGCAUUGUUGAUGUCCUAGGGCUAAAGAUGUGAUCUGAAGAUUAUAGCAAAAUAUACCCUGCCUAUUGCUAUGGACUCAGAUCUGCAUUUGUAGAAUAAGUAUGCAUGGAGCUUUUUUCCCUGGCGUCCCAUUAAAUUGUUUUGAUGAGAUGAUAUUACAGCAUCAUCCAUGUAAAACUGAAAAUGAAUUUGGAACUUUGCUGGCCUAAUAUUUAUUUUGUUUUCUGUUAUAGAGUGUAGCAUUCAUAAACUCAUACAAAGAAGGGUGACUUCAAGGUUGAGUAUGAUUUUUGAAGGGAGAUUUUUUUUUCCUAUGUUAAUGAAAGUUGGAUGUACAAAUUAUAAUGGAAUACAAGAACAUAUAUUGAAUUCUGUGUGUGUGGUUUCCUUUCCUGUUGGAAGAAAGGGACAGAAUGCACCCAGCUACAUAACAUGUUACAGAAAAAUUGAUUACUGGCUGUAUGUUUGUGACUUUCUGUGUAAAACAAAGGUGUCACGUGUAAGGUGUUGAAGGUAUAGAUGGCAGGACAACUGUGGUGUAGUGCAUGUUCAUAUUAGACAAGGAGCUGAUUCCAAGGCCAGAUCAAUUUAUGUUCUGUAUAUGAUUAUUAAUCUUGUGGGAAAAAUUUGAGAAGCUUGUAUUCCAAUGCAGUAUUUUUGUCCCUGUGGGACUAUUGUCUGAUAGACAGACUGCAGUUUCAGAUUUUGAAAAUGUUGACUUUGACUCUGCAGGCUUGAUCAUGUGUCAUUGCAUUCCAGAAUUCAAAACGGAGCCCCAAGUACUGUGCAGCAGUAAUAAACAUGCAGAGCUUCAUUGUGGACAGAGUUUGUGUUUUAUUACUCAAGGAGUGUAUUUAAAGUUUCAAAUAAUCCCUGCGGCCUUUCUUGUUAAUUAGGUUUUACAAAUGCCUUCUUUAUUAUUGUACUGGUUAGACAAUAGUCAGCUUGAUUCAUAAGGUGCUAAGAUUUUCGGAAUGUCUCUAUUUGGAGUUUUGGGAGUUAAUAUUUUGAUUUUAAACUCAUUAGAAAUAUCAUUUGUUUAAUGUCCCUGCAAUGUAAAUAUUGUAAAGAGAAAAUUCCCAGAACUGCAUCAUGAGUAUUACUUUGAGUCUAUAUUUCAACUCCCCUGGCACUGGGGGUUAGUUGGGGGCGGGGGGUGUGGGGAUUGAAUCGUUUGAAGCAUGAAAACUUGAGGAGUCAAAAAAUGGCAUCUGUUCUUGUCUUGGGCCUAUUCAAUGGAGCUUGACACUGAAUCUCUGGUUUGGCUGUAUACUCACCAAUUUGAUUCAACUAAACAGAAAAUGUCCAAAGUAAUUCAUUCAUUCAAUUAAAAGAAAAGCAGCUGAAGAGGAGUACAGGUGGCUUUGUGCCCUCCAAACAAACUCUCCUAUCUUUAACUCCAGGCAGUAUUUGAAUUCUGUAUGUUUCUAUUUUUUCUCAUUAGUUUUGUUUUGCUAUGCAAAUCUAUUUUGUUUAUUCAAAUAGUCACUUAACUGCAUUUCAGUUAGUUAGAUUUACACUUAAGUCAUUUGUUUUUGUAUUUGGUUGUAAAUAGCUUUAAUGUACAUUGAAUUUUGCAUUGUAAGAUUUUAUUUUAUUUCUUGUAUUAUAUUGAGCAAAAAGUCCUUAUGUAUAGUAAAGUACUUAAUAAAUAUAUUUGCUUUUCAGCA